AUGAACUUGGAUUUGUUUCGAGUUAGAUCAUCAUCAUCAUCAUCAUCAUCAUCAUCAUCAUCAUCAUCAUCAUCAUCAUCAUCAUCAUCAUCAUCAUCAUCAUCAUCAUCAUCAUCAUCAUCAUCAUCAUCAUCAUCAUCAUCAUCAUCAUCAUCAUCAUCAUCAUCAUCAUCAUCAUCAUCAUCAUCAUCAUCAUCAUCAUCAUCAUCAUCAUCAUCAUCAUCAUCAUCAUCAUCAUCAUCAUCAUCAUCAUCAUCAUCAUCAUCAUCAUCAUCAUCAUCAUCAUCAUCAUCAUCAUCAUCAUCAUCAUCAUCAUCAUCAUCAUCAUCAUCAUCAUCAUCAUCAUCAUCAUCAUCAUCAUCAUCAUCAUCAUCAUCAUCAUCAUCAUCAUCAUCAUCAUCAUCAUCAUCAUCAUCAUCAUCAUCAUCAUCAUCAUCAUCAUCAUCAUCAUCAUCAUCAUCAUCAUCAUCAUCAUCAUCAUCAUCAUCAUCAUCAUCAUCAUCAUCAUCAUCAUCAUCAUCAUCAUCAUCAUCAUCAUCAUCAUCAUCAUCAUCAUCAUCAUCAUCAUCAUCAUCAUCAUCAUCAUCAUCAUCAUCAUCAUCAUCAUCAUCAUCAUCAUCAUCAUCAUCAUCAUCAUCAUCAUCAUCAUCAUCAUCAUCAUCAUCAUCAUCAUCAUCAUCAUCAUCAUCAUCAUCAUCAUCAUCAUCAUCAUCAUCAUCAUCAUCAUCAUCAUCAUCAUCAUCAUCAUCAUCAUCAUCAUCAUCAUCAUCAUCAUCAUCAUCAUCAUCAUCAUCAUCAUCAUCAUCAUCAUCAUCAUCAUCAUCAUCAUCAUCAUCAUCAUCAUCAUCAUCAUCAUCAUCAUCAUCAUCAUCAUCAUCAUCAUCAUCAUCAUCAUCAUCAUCAUCAUCAUCAUCAUCAUCAUCAUCAUCAUCAUCAUCAUCAUCAUCAUCAUCAUCAUCAUCAUCAUCAUCAUCAUCAUCAUCAUCAUCAUCAUCAUCAUCAUCAUCAUCAUCAUCAUCAUCAUCAUCAUCAUCAUCAUCAUCAUCAUCAUCAUCAUCAUCAUCAUCAUCAUCAUCAUCAUCAUCAUCAUCAUCAUCAUCAUCAUCAUCAUCAUCAUCAUCAUCAUCAUCAUCAUCAUCAUCAUCAUCAUCAUCAUCAUCAUCAUCAUCAUCAUCAUCAUCAUCAUCAUCAUCAUCAUCAUCAUCAUCAUCAUCAUCAUCAUCAUCAUCAUCAUCAUCAUCAUCAUCAUCAUCAUCAUCAUCAUCAUCAUCAUCAUCAUCAUCAUCAUCAUCAUCAUCAUCAUCAUCAUCAUCAUCAUCAUCAUCAUCAUCAUCAUCAUCAUCAUCAUCAUCAUCAUCAUCAUCAUCAUCAUCAUCAUCAUCAUCAUCAUCAUCAUCAUCAUCAUCAUCAUCAUCAUCAUCAUCAUCAUCAUCAUCAUCAUCAUCAUCAUCAUCAUCAUCAUCAUCAUCAUCAUCAUCAUCAUCAUCAUCAUCAUCAUCAUCAUCAUCAUCAUCAUCAUCAUCAUCAUCAUCAUCAUCAUCAUCAUCAUCAUCAUCAUCAUCAUCAUCAUCAUCAUCAUCAUCAUCAUCAUCAUCAUCAUCAUCAUCAUCAUCAUCAUCAUCAUCAUCAUCAUCAUCAUCAUCAUCAUCAUCAUCAUCAUCAUCAUCAUCAUCAUCAUCAUCAUCAUCAUCAUCAUCAUCAUCAUCAUCAUCAUCAUCAUCAUCAUCAUCAUCAUCAUCAUCAUCAUCAUCAUCAUCAUCAUCAUCAUCAUCAUCAUCAUCAUCAUCAUCAUCAUCAUCAUCAUCAUCAUCAUCAUCAUCAUCAUCAUCAUCAUCAUCAUCAUCAUCAUCAUCAUCAUCAUCAUCAUCAUCAUCAUCAUCAUCAUCAUCAUCAUCAUCAUCAUCAUCAUCAUCAUCAUCAUCAUCAUCAUCAUCAUCAUCAUCAUCAUCAUCAUCAUCAUCAUCAUCAUCAUCAUCAUCAUCAUCAUCAUCAUCAUCAUCAUCAUCAUCAUCAUCAUCAUCAUCAUCAUCAUCAUCAUCAUCAUCAUCAUCAUCGUACACUUCUUGA